AUGAAGGCCAUUUGGAAGAUCCCUUUUUACCUUUUCCUUGGGAACAUUUUAAUUUACUUAAAUUGUGCGAAGGUUGCCAAUUCACAUCAGCAAAAAACGAAUUUGAGAAAUGGGUUUGGACAAACUGGCAACUUGAUUGGUCAUGGGGCGGUCAAGGGAGAUCCAAAUUUGAAAAAGCACAAUGGGGGAGCGUUCCCCGUGCAGGCGAAUGACAAUGAGCAAGCGGUUUCGGGCAACACACAGGAACCGGAGGAAGGAGCUCAAGUACCGCAAGCACCGGCACAAUCGGCAGGAGGGCCAACAUCCCCAGCAGAGCCAGAAGAUCAUAACAGCUUACGAGAAGUAGAAUCCUAUGAAAAAGAUAAGUGUAUCAGUUCGAAGGAGGAAGAGGUGUUGCAGGAAAGGGAAUUAGAAGACGACGUGGAGAAGGAGGAUGCUCACGAAGGCAACACGGAGAAAGGGGAAGGAAGUGAUAGCACAAAUGAUGACGAUGUGAACCUGGAGGAUGGCGAUGAGGAAGUAGAGGACGAAAAUGAGGACCAAGAAUAUUCGGAACAAAUAGCAGAAACGCAGAACCCGCAAAAAAUGCCAAUGGCGCAAAACAAGCACUCUGAUGUAGGACAUGAAUCUCUAAUCACCGAAGCCAUCAUCCAUAGUGUUCUUGCGGAAAAGUACAAUGAGAUCGUGAAGGAUAAGAAAGCAGCCGAAGCCUUCGUGAAUACUUUGCUGAAUUUACUAGACGGUGAUAACAGCGCAAUCGACGAUGCCAUCAAGCAUUUGGCUGGUGACAUUUCGCAAUUCGUCUUCAAGUCAAAGAAAUAG